UCGGAUCAAACCUACUCCUCGGCCAGAGCGUCUAGUGUGCGUUCUGAACGCUCCAAGAGCACGAACCGACAUUCUGACAACGCUCUGAAUUUACGAACGCCCAAAUGGUACUCAGAGCGUUUCUGGCACUCCAGAUUGAAUUUACGAACGCUCCCCCUGUCAUAACACGGAAAUGCAACGCUCAGAGUUCAUUGGCUAGAGAGGGCUGAUGUCACGAUGUAGCUACCAAUCCCCAGACCAUUCUUCUUCCAAGUCUCCGCAUUUCAACAUGGCAGCCGUGGAUGUCAUCGUGAACAAGUUUGCGGCACUUUGGAGGAUACGGUAUAUCCGUCUUUCAUUGCCGUUGAUUUUCUUGGGUAUUUCAAUAGUGGGAUCCGUUGUAAAGCACACACAGAUCGUUCCGGAGACAUAUUUCAGCAACAGAAGAAAUGUUGUCAAUAUGUAUUUUGUCAAAGUGUCCUGGGGCUGGACCUUGCUGCUGUUGACCCCGUUCAUCCUCUUCACAUCAUACAAGAGGUUGACCUUUGCCCUCCGGCGACUGAGCUCAUUGGUGGUGGCCACAGCCAUUUGGUACACCUUCACCGAGGCUUUUUCCUACAUCGAAGGUACCACAGGUACAUGUCACGUUCCUGAACCUGAAGCCAUGGAUCAAGUCCCUCAUCAUGAUGAAAUCACCUCAAAGUGGAGUUGCAGGAAGGCUGGGGGUCAAUGGGAUGGCUAUGCCAUCUCAGGACACUCGUUCAUUCUGUCGUACUCUGCACUCAUCAUUGCCGAAGAAAUGGCACCUAUGGUGAACAUGGAGAAGAAGAACAGGAAUACUGUUUUGGAUUUAUUAUACGUUUCCCUUAAUUGGAUAGUAGUCAUCUGGAUAUGGAUGUUUGUGUGUACCUCUGUGUAUUUUCAUGAUUUCUCUGAGAAGUUUCUCGGGACAGUUUUUGGAAUUCUGCCAUGGUUUGUCACAUAUCGGAUAUGGUAUCCAAUGACCUUAUCUCCUGGUCUCCCACUUCAGCCAAAAAAGCAGAGCGAACUAGCUUAAAACCAGCACUACUUAGCACUAGGCUAGACCUCCUACUCUCUCGUACUGCAUUGGCUCUGUAACAUGUUUGAAUGCCACCUUCAAAACACUCAAGUUAAAAACAUUGAUAUUCUUCUCAGGUUCCAAGUUGACCGUUGUUGCCAUUUAAAAAGUUUUCUUUCCUUCAGAAAGGUCAUUUUGGACAGCGGGCCAGGGUCGGUUUGCACUUGCGGGUCUCGACUCCCUAUGUGGCUGUAGGCAGCUUGUGUUCUUAAAAUGACACUGAAGUCUUAGAUCAAUGCAGUGCAUGGCGUUGACGUAUAGGCCUAGGCCUAUCCACUAGCUAGUCGUCCCCAGGGUUGGGGUCAAUUUCAUUUGAAUUUAGGCAGUAAACUGAAAGAUUUUAAGAAAAAGGUAUUCACCCUAACCUAAAGAAAAAGGAAUUCACCACAACUCUGGUGGUCGUGUUAUUUUUUUGUUUGCAUAAUUUUUAAAAAAGCCAAUUGUGUUGUGAAAGCCUUUGCAAUAUGUGUAUGUAGACUACUGGUCAAACGUUUUAGAACACCUACUCAUUCAAGGGAUUUUCAUUAUUUUUACUAUUUUUUACAUUGUAGAA